AUGUCAGCCCAACAACCAACCGACCGCCCUCAACCUCCCAAGAGCGAAGGCUACCGACAAGGCCAAAACCCAUCCUCCAAGCCCACCACCCCUCGAUACUCCCCUCCCAACUCCCAGAAUGGAUCCCCCCUAAACUCCGCCCCCGGCACUCCCGGUUCUGUCUCCAGCCUCUCAGGGUACCCCGUACCCCCAGGCGGCCCGCAACGCAUGUACUCCGAGAACGCCGUCUCUGACACCCCCCUGACCUCCGACCCCUACGGCACUCCCGCCGGCUCCGGAGGAGCCCAAGAUUACAUGUCCUACCGGCGGCCGACCAACGCUCAAUCACAACUCCCGACUGCCGAACUAAGGAAUAACCUCAACGCUGCGCGCGCCGUCGGCGGCGCCAGUGUCGCGAUGGGGGCCAGCGGUGCCGGAGCGUGGGGAUCCUCGCGUGGUAUCAUUGGCGCGUCAGGGCCCGCCAACCACAGAGAGGCGAGAGAGACGCAGUAUGUGUCGAGGAAUAACAGCACCACAGGAUUGAAUGGCAUGGGAGGCCAGACGUAUAACGGACGGGGUCACCCAUUGAGGGAGAAUAUGCAGAGUGAAGCCAGGACAGAGGGAGAACAGAUGGCUACGUAUGGAGAGGGGGAGGUGGCUGAUGCUGUUGAGGGGCAGGCGAGGAAGAGGAACGAAGGGAGGAACAGGCGCGAGUCGACAGCGCAGGGUGGGAGGCCGAACUUGAGUCUGGCGCAGGUGGGCGAGGGAGAGAUUGAUCACCAUGGGAGGGAAAGGAUUGGGAGUGCGAGUCAUAGAGAGGUUAGUGGUGAGAGGCAUGGACGUGUGAGGGGAGAGGUUAGCUUGGAGCCUUCGGAGGCUGAUUUGGAGAGGAAGAAGUUGCAGCAGUCUUGGAAAAGGGAGGAGAUCAAGAAGGCUAGAAAGGCUGGGAAGGAUGUCGACGGGACGAGUGGGCUGGGUGGAAGGGAACCUAGGCCCGAGGUGUAG